CAGAGGUUCGCCCACUCGGGACGCGCACACAGGCACGCACCCACAGACACCUCCAAAGGACCCUCCAGGAGGCUCUAACGACCCUCGUAAAGCCCCGGAGUCGCUCCUGCCGCCCUCCCCCAGCCCCGGAGACCUAGGCGGGGACCCCGGGAUCGGACGUCCCCGCGCCUCCGGGCACCUGGCUCAGCAGGAGUCCCCCGGGUCGGGGCAGGGCAGGGCCGGCGGCGGCGAGCCCGAGCCCGCCCGGCGCCCAGGCCCCUCCGAGCCUUCCGAACCCACCCAUGGGGCACCGGCUCCCCAUGUCCCCUCGCCCGGCCGCGCCCAGCCCGGCGCCCGGAGCCGCGCAGAGGAGCAGCCCGGCGCAGUGACCCAGGAGCCGUCGCAGACUCUGGAAGCCUCGGCGGCGGCGGCCGGAGAGGCCGGCGGUUCCCCGCACCUCCAGGCGCUUCCAGGCAGCCCUCCAAGCUGUGCCAGAGGCCCAGCCCGCCAUUCGCAGACAGAAAACGGACACCUAGACAGGAGCCACGCGGAGGAGGCCAAGGCGGCCAGCAAGAGGCUGCAGGACCGGGUGCAGGGCCUCCUGACCUCUGCUCCCCGCUCUGUGCCGCCGUCCCGAGCCAUGAUGAAGACCCUGUCCAGCGGGAACUGCACACUCAGCGUGCCCGCCAAGAACUCCUAUCGGAUGGUGGUGCUGGGCGCCUCGCGGGUGGGCAAGAGCUCCAUCGUCUCCCGCUUCCUCAACGGCCGCUUCGAGGACCAGUACACGCCCACCAUCGAGGACUUCCACCGGAAGGUCUACAACAUCCGAGGCGACAUGUACCAGCUGGACAUCCUGGACACGUCCGGCAACCACCCCUUCCCCGCCAUGCGCAGGCUCUCCAUCCUCACAGGUGACGUCUUCAUCCUGGUGUUCAGCCUGGAUAACCGGGAGUCCUUCGACGAGGUCAAGCGCCUCCAGAAGCAGAUCCUGGAGGUCAAGUCCUGCCUGAAGAACAAGACCAAGGAGGCGGCAGAGCUGCCCAUGGUCAUCUGCGGCAACAAGAAUGACCAUGGCGAGCUGUGUCGCCAGGUACCCACCACCGAGGCCGAGCUGCUGGUGUCCGGGGACGAGAACUGCGCCUACUUCGAGGUGUCCGCCAAGAAGAACACCAACGUGGACGAGAUGUUCUAUGUGCUCUUCAGCAUGGCCAAGCUGCCGCACGAGAUGAGCCCCGCCCUGCACCGCAAGAUCUCUGUGCAGUACGGCGACGCCUUCCACCCCAGGCCCUUCUGCAUGCGCCGGGUCAAGGACAUGGACGCCUAUGGCAUGGUCUCGCCCUUUGCCCGCCGCCCCAGCGUCAACAGUGACCUCAAGUACAUCAAGGCCAAGGUCCUUCGGGAGGGCCAGGCCCGCGAGCGGGACAAAUGCACCAUCCAGUGAGCCGGAGGGACGCAGGGGUGGGGCCAGGGCAGUGCCUUACCAGAGGUGGCCCCAGGUGCCCGCUGCCCAUGCCCUCCCACCCCCCACUCAACGAGACCCCGACGGCAGCCGUCUGUGUUCGAAGGCCUCUGGCGCCAGACUGGGCGACGCCAGCCUCUGACCUCCAUAUGUUCUCCCUGCCCUCUCGCCACUUCCCUCUGAUUCUGCUUUUCUGAGCUCCCCGGACCUUGCUUUCAGCUCCUCCGCGCGGGGCGGGCCGAAACAAGGUUGGGAGACAUCGGGACUUGUUCGGGCACCCGUCAGAGCUGCCCUAUCCUUGGGGUUGUAAGAAACGCUGAUGCCAGGGGGGCCAGACUCCCUACCUUGAC